CUUCCCGGCGCGUUCCGCGUAUCUCUCCGUAGCCGCGAGCCCGACAGCAAAACAAACGGGGAACCGGGCAGGGUGGCCACGCGUCUUUAACCCCCUCCAGAGGAUCGCCGCGAGUUCGAGGCCACCCUGAGACUACGGAUCUUCAGAUGCUCAGUGGCUGACUGCAGAGGAGAGGAGUGAAGUCAUCCCUGACCUGAAAGCAUCAGGGUGGGUGGAGCUGAGUGAGAGAGAUGCCAUCUACAAAGAGUUCUCCUUCAAAAACUUCAAUCAGGCAUUCGGCUUCAUGUCCCGCGUGGCCCUGCAAGCAGAGAAGAUGAAUCACCACCCCGAGUGGUUCAAUGUGUACAACAAGGUCCAGAUAACUCUCACCUCGCAUGACUGCGGUGGACUGACCAAGAGAGACGUGAGGCUGGCCAAGUUUAUUGAAAAAGCAGCUGCUUCUAUGUGAUUCUCCCAAUGCAUGUCAGAGUCUUACAGCUAUCUUACCUGCAGUGGACAUGGAAGGCAACUUACGUGAACAAAUUAAGCUGUCGGUUCACUUUUCUAUGUUUUUGUAUAAUCAGCACUUAAAUACAAAAUGAUUUAAACCUGA